AUGGUAAAUCUUAAAUAUUAUGAUACUUAAGACGAAAGCCGGAAAGGUAGCCGGCUCUGUGUGUUGUCCUAGAACCACAGAGGGCGUGGCUUUCUCUCUCUACUCUCUCGUUAAAAGAUUUGAUUUUGAUUUGUUGGUAUCUCUGUUUCGAUCUGUGAUAAUCGAAUCCAUUCAAAUUUUGAGUUAAUUAUCCUAAAUUUGCGUGGAAUUCAGACACAGACGUUUUGGAUAGAGCUGAUGAGCUAGUAAUGGGUGGAUAGAUAUUUUUGCAGAUUUUUGUGAGUGGGUUUUGAAUAUAUAUUGGGUGGGAUAAGAAAUGGGUUGUUUCCCUUGUUUUGAAUCGAAGAAGGAAUUCGAUCCUGCAAAUUCUAGAGAUGGGAAGAAAGAGGGCCAGCCCUCUGCUGCUCCCCAUGUAUCUAGAAUACCUUCAGGUUCAGAUAAGUUGAAGGCAAGGACUGGUUCCGGUUCAAGAAAGGAAGCAGCUCCUCCAAAGGAUGGACCUUUUGCUCAUAUUGCUGCUCAAACAUUUACCUUCAAAGAGCUUGCAGCUGCAACAAAGAAUUUUAGGCAGGAAUGUUUUUUGGGUGAAGGGGGAUUUGGUCGUGUCUAUAAGGGGCGACUGGAAAGCACCGGCCAGGUUGUUGCUGUGAAACAACUGGACAGGAAUGGGCUCCAAGGCAACAGAGAAUUCCUAGUCGAGGUUCUCAUGCUUAGUCUUUUACAUCACCCAAACUUGGUGAAUCUGAUCGGUUACUGUGCAGAUGGGGACCAACGGCUCCUUGUUUAUGAGUUUAUGCCUUUGGGAUCAUUGGAUGAUCAUCUGCAUGACCUCCCACCUGACAAGGAACCUCUAGAUUGGAACACUAGAAUGAAGAUAGCAGCAGGUGCAGCCAAGGGAUUGGAGUACCUGCAUGAUAAAGCGAACCCACCUGUUAUUUAUAGGGAUUUCAAGUCCUCCAAUAUACUAUUGGAUGAAGGAUAUCAUCCUAAAUUAUCAGAUUUUGGGCUGGCAAAACUUGGCCCUGUUGGAGAUAAGUCUCAUGUCUCCACCAGGGUGAUGGGGACUUAUGGCUAUUGCGCUCCAGAGUAUGCGAUGACUGGACAACUCACUGUGAAGUCAGAUGUGUACAGUUUUGGUGUGGUUUUUCUUGAGCUUAUUACGGGGCGUAAGGCCAUCGACAGCACCAGAGCACCUGGAGAGCAGAACCUUGUUGCUUGGGCACGACCCCUGUUUAAUGAUCGACGCAAGUUUCCGAAAAUGGCUGACCCUCUCCUUCAGGGAAGGUACCCAAUGAGGGGCCUUUACCAGGCCCUCGCUGUAGCUGCCAUGUGCCUCCAAGAGCAAGCAGCCACUCGCCCUCUUAUCGGCGAUGUAGUGACGGCCUUAUCUUACUUGGCCUCGCAAUCCUAUGAUCCAAACACUGCCUCUGUUCAAAGCAGCCGAGUCGGGAGAGAGAAAGAUGAUAGAAAGGGAACUAGGAGUGAGAAAGGUGAUGAGAGAGGUGGAGGCAUAAUGAAAAGUGAAGAUGAAGGAGGGUCAGGGAGGAAAUGGGAGGGAGCUGAUGGGUUUGAGAGGGAUGAUUCUCCAAGGAACUCAAAUCGUGUUUCGGAUAGGGAGAGGGCAGUGGCUGAGGCCAAAGUGUGGGGUGAGAAUUGGAGAGACAAGAGACGAGUUAGUGUAUAGAUUGAUAGGGGGCCGGUGGCCGUUUGGGCUCGGCUUGUGAGUGUGAUGUUUCAUAAUACCCAUUUUGGGCUGUGUUGUCCACCCAUGAGAGAGAAUGUGUUUGGUGAGGGUGGAUACUAUAGAAUACAGAAAACUUUUUUUCUUCUUUUGAAGUCUUUGUUUCCCCCCCUCCUUUUGUAUGAGAUGGAAUAUAUGACUUCAUUGGCUGUUGGGUGGGAGUUCAUGAUGAUCCUACUAUUUAUUUUUUAAUUUUUGGCCUUUUUCAUUUGUAAGGAGAAACAAAGUUGGGAAGCGGAUAAAAUGUCUAGUAGAGUUGUAAAGGCCAACAAAUCUUUGUUUUUUGUUUCUUGGAUCAAAGGUUUAGUGAAAGAGGGCCUCUUGCCUUUUCCUCAUAGACUCUUUUGAAGUCCUUAGGGAUCAUGUUUUGCUGGUCCUUGUACUCAAAAUAGAUAAUGUGUUCCAAGGGACAUUGAGAAUGAAGAUUUGCAAUGAGAUACCAAGCCUUUGCCCAAAGCAUGAGGGCUUUGGCCAAAGACUGAGAAGUCGCUUUUCUCAUAUCCAUUUCAUGUCAACAUGCAUGAAUAUAAGGAUAAGUAUACA